GCGUUAGGAAUGCAGAUGCAUUGCGAGCGCUAGGCAAGUGACGGCUUCUCACUUUUACUUCGCUCCCCGUGCAUCCAAUCGCAUAUAAUGAACGCAAUAAUUGAGGAAGCAUUCCGACGGCGCGAGCGUGGGGCAUUCACGAAAAUAAAUUAAAUAACUCAUAUUAUUAGAUAACUGCUAUUAUCGAAAAUGAAGACAUGAAGCUGUUAGAGAUUUAACAAAUGGAUCCACGCUUCUCUUGCUGCUUGUGCUCGGGUCUUAUAUAUACUCGUUAAUCCAUAACAAUAUACAAGAGAGACAGUUCAUACGCUCUCUCUUGACGAAAAAAAAUCACGACUUGGAAUUGUUCAAAGGACUGAUAAGGAAAAUGAGCGACGAAGAGCCGGGCCACCUCGUAGACGAGGAAUGUAAAAAAUGUGACCGACGAAUCAACCCAGCAUUGGCGGGGGCAAACGUGAUAAUCGUGUCCCAUUUUGAGAUUGCGCUCAUCGCAACCACAAUCGACAAUUUCUAUCGCUCUUCUGCAACUCGCCACGGCCGCUAGGCAGAAUCGCUUCCCUUCGCUUCUGCGGCUUCUGCAGCCCAUGUCCAACGUAUGUACGUGUGCGCGCGCGUAUUUAGCGCGUAAUUUAUAUAAGAAGAAAGGCACGCUUGGUUCCACCCCAAAGCGUUUCGAUCCACUGGCGCCGGUAGCGUAUGAUUUCGUCCUCUCAUAUGCUGGAGAAGCGGCCCGAAGGCAAAUACAUUAGACGGCAGUCUAUAAGUCGGACGGUUGACUGGAAAGACAUGGUAAACGAGGCAACGAGACGGUGAAACGCGAUACAGUGACGAUCGGAGUGACACAUUUGAUCGAAAAUGUGAGCCGCUUUCCUGGCACGGCCUAAUUAGCGCGUCUCAAUUAAAAACGCAUACGCCACUGCAUACGCGAGGCAAUUGUUGCGGAGAGGAAGGCCUGCAACUUCCAGUGCCGCGUCGAACAUCCUAGAGUCCGCAUCGCGCUAUCAUCUUCAGCCUCGAAGAGAAGGAAGAGCGCUUCUGCCGAGCGGCUCGUUCCGGCGAAAGCGUCACUUUCGGGAGCGAAGGAUGACGGAGAGGAGCAUCGAUGGUACUCAGGACAACAUCGCAGAGACCGUUAACGAAUUCCGCAUGAGCUGCACGGAUUUUUGCCAACUGACCCAAUGAGCCCGAUGGAAGCUCGCGUGGCCUCCUAACUUCCUUAGACUGAAUUCAACAUGCGCGACGACGCGGGUCCCAUCCAGCGACUUAGGUCGCGGUCGUGGUCGCGAUCGUGACAAGAUUCCCUCAUAAGGCCCGAUCGUGGCUGCUGCAAGCAGAUUCGAAAGUUGAAGGAAACAUGGAGCGGAAAACGGUGAACAUGAAAAUGCACAUUGGAAGUUAGCUGAGGUAGAAGAAUCUGAAGCUUUGACGGACGAGCAGCAAUCGACAACUUUACCGCAGAUUUUAGUUGGGAACGAAGAGAGAAUCUAUUUCUUGGUUGCGGAUACGAUUUCGUGCGAAUAAUGAAGUGUUGUGCUCUCGUCCAUUUACUUUCAGUUUGGUAACAGACGGUGUUGAAACAAUGUGUUACGUACGAAAGAGUGAGCUCGAUAAUUAAUAUAAAAUAUUUAGUAAUAGAAUAUACUAAAAAUAAAAACAAUUAUUAAAUAAAAAAUUAAAUAUAAAAUUAAAUAACACCGAUAUAUACGUUGAUAUAUUAAUAAAAUUGAUAUUGAAAUAUAUUGGAAGAUUACUAACAUUAUAUAUAUAAUUAGCCUCGCGCGUGUGUUGCUUAGUAAUUAUUAAUAAUUAGCAUAAAAAGCAGUGGCUUCUGAAGGAGUAGUUAAUAUUCGACUGCAUAGAGAGCGAUUGAUAAUUUCACGUGGAAUUUUUUGUACUAUACGAGUGACUAAUGUGAAGCUUCAUGUGAAGCAAUCGCGACGAGUGAAAGAUAUGUGUCGUGUGUGUUCGAUACUUCGGUGCAUCCGAGAGAGUUGUGCAGCGGGCAUUGACCUGAAACGUUGCAUGCACUCAUCUUCUACGAGGAGGCUAUUAUGUAAAUUGAGCGAGCUUGAAAAAUGCAAUCGAAACACACUCAACAUCACCGUAAACGGAGGAAAGCGCAAUCGUGUCGCAGGUGAUAUUUAUAAAAGGAAAACGGAGAAAUGUUCGUAUGUCACGUGCCACGGGAGUGGUUGGAAGACUGAGGACAGACACAUGCUCAUCCUUGUGUAGAGAUACACACACGAGAACGUCCCUCACAUCUCCCGAGAUCAUAAUCCAUAGAAAUCGAGACUGUGUGUCCGCACUCACACAAUCGCGCCGUAACACAUUCAGCUAAUGCCACGUCACUUAUGUACACACGACGGAUGUAUGCGAAGAUAAACACGUAGACACGUGUUACUCCCAUAUGGGAAACACUUAAACAGAGAUCCGACUUUCAAAGAGGAAGCAUUGUCCAAGAAAUCUACGGAUAAAUUCGAUUUCGGCUGGUAUCCAUUGAUGAGUGGCUCUGAAACUAAUGAUAGUUGGGAAUUCACGCUUGCUACCAGUCUUACGUACAGUCAAUUUGGCACGCAAGGCGUUAGAGUGUGCGUAAGCCACCGACAUUAUCGGCAACGAGGUGCUGCGCGAUCACGCGCGAAGAGAGAAAUCUCGGCGAAGAGGUAAGCGGUGAGCGAUCCGUCCGGUAUGCGUUGCACAUGAAGCGCACGGCCGAUCGCCUAUAUACUCUCGCCAGCGAUGGCUAACAUGGAUCCACCAGGAUCGGUGAAGCAGCAGCAACAACGGCGCUGGUCCGUGGGUCGAUCGUCGACCUCGCGGAGUCACUUUUCGCCACGCUCCUCGGAAGCUUUCUACGCGAGCGCGGAACCGUUAUCCGGCCGCGGCGGACGCGCGUUGCAUAAUGCGAGCGGCAGCGGCCCAGACCCAGAUUCGAAUUCCGCUCCGGAUUCCUGCGGCGCGCCGGAAGCAGCGAGGAACAGGCAAUAUCGGACUUCCGUCCGGUCGUCGCAGGAACCGAAGGAUCGCCGAGCGACAGCGACCAGCGAUCGUGAACUUUUCCACACCGUGCCGCGCGGCUUGGCGAUCUCCAGGAAAGAGAUCCUGCGACGCAGAUGCGUCAAGGACGAUACCGAGAUCCCACUGAAUUCCGCGAAGAAGGAACAGUUGGAGAGACCGAGAACUCUGCCGUCAAUCGGUAGGAGAACUCGCCAGGACGCCGAGCACACUUCUUCGCUCCUGAAGAGAGUCUCCCGGCAGGAUAUCCUGCGGCGACGCGCAAGUGCGGAAGCGCAAUUGAAGGACGUGGCGAAGAUACCUUCUAACAUUCAGAAUCCCGCCCGCUGGGCUAAGGAGGAUCGCGAUCUCUCGCGGCCGUCGACCUUGCCUAAGAUUUUGCACGCCUCGAGAUCGGCUCGACUGGAAGAGUACGUGACUUCGAGGACGAGAGAGUCCGUUGGGAGGGAGGCGCCGAUCUAUGGUAGGAUUCGACGGCGGAAAAUGUCGUUGCCAACCGGCGUUACGUCCCUGCGCGACUCCGCGACGUCUUUGAGCACUCUGACAAGGUUCUCCAAGACGAAGACAAGUGGUGAGCGCGCCGAGACUUCGAAAGUCGUUAGACACUUGCGGGAUCCCGUUCCCGACACGCCUGAUCGAUCCAAGUACGCAAAUGAUGCCAGCGGUGACGACAUCGUUUACGCGAAGGUCGCGCGCAAGGUUUCCAGGCAGGUGUCUCAAGACCAGGAGGAGAAGCCAGGAUCAAUCGAUAGAGCGGUGUCCAGGCGGAGGAUAAUCAGCAACGUCGAUCAUGCGGAUUCCUUCGAGCGCAAAAUGCAUCAAGAUCGGGAUCAAGAAUUGGUCCAAGUAAAGCACGACGCCAUAUUGGUCUCUAAAGCAGACUUUGAGCGAGUACGUAACUUCAAGGUGCGGAAACACGAUUCGGAGAGUACGAAUGCGUCUUCUCGAGUGGACUCCGUUGAGUCUAGAACAAGGAAGAAUUCAAGAACAGACUCCUGGUCUCGCAGUAGGUAUCCUCGAACGGACUUCACGACAAGCAGCGAGCGACAGGUGAGAUGCAGGUCGAAGUCGCAAAGUGGACUAUUAGUGGAAGGUCAAAAGGAGAACCCGAGGACACCGAUAAGACCGACGACGUUGCCAAGUUAUGUGAAGAUCGGAAGGAAGACAUCGACGGGACAUUCGACCAAGGAUGUAAACGAGCAACGAAGGGCCUCCAACGCGGGAUUAAUGACGAAGCAAACCAAAGAGAGAUCGAAUUAUGUGAGGAAGACGGCGACGCACGUCCCAGCGCACGUCAGAGCCUUCAGCGACGCUAAUAGCGUUCGAUCUUGUUCUCCCGCAACGUCGUCAUCGAUAUUUGGCUUCUGUACCGGAAAGAGGAAGACGUCCUCCGUGUCGCGCGGCUCUCCAUCGUGGAACUUGAAAACGGUUUGAGUAUUCGAAAAUCGCAACAGUAUUCAAACUUAAUGAACAUAUUAACUCGUUCGCUAUGUGGAAAUUAAAAGAGAGCAGCCAAGCUCUCAUAAGUUUUUAGCCCCAUUUUGUUUGGAAAUCUUAAAUUAUUUUUUAAUAAAAUUGUAGCUAUUGAUUGCUAAAAUUUAGCUAAAAAUGUGACCAGCGAAUAGCUACUAAUCAAUUCUGCUAGUUUCAACAGAAUUAAUCGACGAUUAAUUUAAUUGUAGCUUGGUAAAAAAAUAUCACCUUUAAUUAAUAAUAAUUAUUAGCACUUAUAAUCCGUAUUGUUUUAUUUACAAAGACUUCCAUCUUUCCCAUUUUUUAUAUUUCCUAUACAUUUCCUAAGGUCUUAACGAUAUCAUUUACUUUGACAGAACACAUAUCUUUUUAGGCCACUUCUCCCAAAUGGUGAAGCGUGUCAUUUUCAUACUUACAUAUAUUUAAUCUAUUUAUGAAUAGUUAUAAUUUUAUUAAAAAAUAAUUUAAGAUUUCGAUUGUGGGGCAUAUAUCAUAAAAUGAGGUUAAAUUUGGCCGCAUUCUUUAGAAUUGAGAAUUUAGAAUUAAAAUCAAAACUACUGCUUAAUAUUUUGGAUAAUGUGAAUUGAUUUCACCUACACCUCAAUUUUUAAUACAUUAUUGAAAACAGUAGAUA